UGGGCAGUGCGUACGCUUCCGAAGAGCGCGCAACAGAGGGGGGGAAGCGUAUUUGUGAAAGCUAGUAUUCAGCACUGGAGUGCAUGGUACUGGCACAUCAGGUGUAAAGCGUGGGGAUGAGUUGUCUGUAGGGCUAGAACAUUUACAGGCUUCUACAAAGCCAAAAGAGAAAGGGAUAUUGAAGUGCAAGUAGAGGGACUAGACUCUCACGGGUAUAUGUCUGUGGAAGUGUUUGUUGCAUGUUUGACUCCUAUAUGCAUUUUUCUGGAUGUUGGUUUGGAGGGGUUUUGUAACCAUAAGGGAUUUGGCUCAGAAGGUUAUGUUAAAAUCAAGUCUGGAGCCUAAGGGGGACAUGGAGGGCAGAGAAACGGCUCCGCCGAUAGAGCCUGAGCCCUCUAGCCUGGUCCAAUUUAAGAAGUAAAGAAUGGUGGCGGACAAAAGGGACUUUCCCCCACCCGAGAGGCGUUUUCCUGCGACCCCUAUCUCACAACACUCCAUGGAACUGACUGAGCCACAGGUGGCUAUUCCGGCCUUUUCGGCUCAGAGAAAUUUUGCUGCGUCACAGGUUGGAACUUCCGCCUCUCAGAGAGCAGAGCCGUUUUCUCUGUCUCCCUUGCAGUUAGCAUUAAAAGAAGCCAGACGGGCAGGGGAGCUCAUGGAGGGUUUUCAAUGUAUCUACCCUGUUACUGAAGUUCAAGUCCCUGAAAAUCCAGGACAAGUUAUACGUUGCUAUGAAGCUAUACCCUUUAAUAUCCUAAAAGAAUUAAAACAAGCAGUUGCUACUUAUGGUCCUGCUGCUCCCUUUACCUUGAGUUUAUUGGAAAUUCUAGGACAACAGAUUAUGGCCCCAAAUGACUGGAAAGGAAUAGCUAGAGCAUGUUUAAGUCCAGGAAACUAUCUGAUGUGGAAAGGAAACUUCCUUGAGUAUUGCACUGACCAGGCCUCUAGCGAUGCUAUUCACAACAUAGCCAUUACAAAAGAUAUGCUAAUUGGGGAAGGUGCCUUUGCUACCGCAAUCAACUGACCUUUGAACUGCCAGCAUAUGAACAAACCAAGAUGGCUGCCCUGAGGGCUUGGAGGGAACUUCCUUCUAAGGGAGAGGCAGUCCUCAGUUUGGCUUCUGUGCUUCAGGGUCCUGAGGAACCUUUGCAAAAUUUUGUUGCGCGCUUAUUACUGGCUAGUGAGAGGAUUAUAAAUAAUACAGAAGCCAGCAAACUAGUAGUUCAGCAGCUAGCCUUUGAAAAUGCAAAUAAAUGGUGUAAAGAGGCUUUAAGAGCCCACAAAAGGCGGGGCACAUUGCUGGAUAUGAUUCGGAUCUGUUCAGAUAUUGGCCCCUCAUAUGUACAGGGAAUUACUUUGGCAGCAGCUGUUACUCAGAUUAUUCAUCCACAGCCUGGAGGAAAGGGUAAAAACAAAGCCAUUUGUUUUCGUUGUGGAAAUAAGGGGCACCCUCUCCGGAAUUGCUCUGCUACACCUAUAAGGGCAGCACAGCCGUUAUCUGUAACUAAACUUCGCAGUCCUUCUACUAAGUGUCAGCACGGGUAUCACUGGAAUAAUCAGUGUCGAUCUAGAACUGCUGGGAAAAGUCGGCCCUUUCUGGGAAACCCCCAUUGGAGACUCCCUCAGCCCCAUCAAAUAAUGGGGGCCGCCCAGAUGGCUGCAGUGGGGAAGGAGGUGCUGGGUGAAUUCAGGUACCCGGCCUGCACUCCCUUUUGUCUUUUCCCCUACACGCAGGAUGCCAAGGGCUCCCAUGGUUGGCAGCUCUGCGGUGGGGAACACCCUCCUACCUCGUUCUCCUCUGCCAGGCUCCUGUCGCACAUGAGCCCAGGCUUCAGGCCUGGCCCCUGCAGGCCCAGCUGCCAUGAUGUGGGGGUGCAAGUGAACCAGCAAUGCGAUGCAUCGGUACAGUGCAUGCUCGGUCGGCAGACGCCGCUGUGCAGGGUCGGGGACCCAGGAGUCGCAGCCGCCCCGCGCCCUUACCCCCUUCCUUUGCUGUGUGCUCGUCUGUGCGUUCCCACUGCCUCAUUGGCGGCCUGGAGGAGGCCCCAGAGAGCACGCAGGGCCCUGUGGCCCCAGAGGAGAAUGAGGGGGCAUCAAGGAACGCAUCCCCACCGCCAAGGGACGGCAGGAGCGACAGGAGGCUCGAACUGAAUGUGUCAAAAAUCUUACAAUCCUUACUGAGUGAAGGAUAUCACCUGCCAAAGUUGUAAAAGAACUAAAUGUUUCUGCCCAAUAAGACUUCACCGUGUGGAUCCCAAACACUCCCAUGGUCAAGACCUGUGUGAGAGAUGCAGGAGCAGGCGCCUGUCCUGUGAU